CAACUUCUCCCUCAGGCAACUGGUCACAGUAUCACAUGUCUGGUUCACUGAGAAAAAGUUUUAGAGAGAGAGGAGGAAGAGGGAGAGGGAGGACAUUCUUCCCAACAUUGUGGCUUUGAGAGAAGAGGGAAAGAUUGAGUUGAUUUGCGGCUUUUGUGAUGCUCGAUUCCUCUUCAUUUUGAGCCUUUUCUUGAAAUGAGGAAGCAUGGAUGGCAGCUUCCUUACCAUCCUCUUCAGGUGGUCGCCAUUUCUGUUUUCUUGGCUUUAGGUUUUGCUUUCUAUGUGUUCUUUGCCCCUUUCGUCGGGAAGAAGGCGUUCCAGUAUUUGGCUGUAGGGAUUUAUACUCCGCUUAUAACCUCUGUCUUCUUCUUGUAUAUUUGGUGCACCGCUACUGAUCCUGGUGAUCCAGAAGUCUUAAAAUCUAACAAGUAUCGUGGUAUCGUAAAAGUAGAAAUGCAUGACCAACUGAAGACAUGCGAAAGAGAUGGUGAAUUAACUCCAUCUAUUAAUGAUGCUCUUACUAAAACAAUCGAGGAUAAAUCUGCAAAGGGGUCUGGUAUAAAUGGCAUUGAAGGAUCACCUAAUGGGCAUGGAACGAUAAGAGAUCCAUGUAGAAAUAAUCUAGUUUUGAUGAUAUUGUUUGUUUGGUGCUCUUUGUUUUCGCAAUGUAGCCAGCACGGGCAAUCUUCGGAGCAACAAGCCAGUGAGGAUGGGAUGUUCUACUGUAGUCUAUGUAAAGUAGAGGUGUCGAAAUGCAGCAAGCAUUGUAGAGUUUGUGACAAAUGUGUGGAUGGUUUUGACCAUCAUUGCAGGUGGCUAAAUAACUGUAUUGGAAGAAGAAAUUAUGGAAGAUUCUUCGUACUCAUGGUCUCAGCACUUUUCUUGCUUGUUUUCCAGUGGUCGACAGGAAUUGCAGUGCUGAUUUCGUGUACUCUUGAACGAACGAAGUUCUCCGUCAAUAUAGUCUCAAAGUUGGGAAGUAGCUUUUCACUGGUGCCAUUUGUUGUGGUCGUGGCUUCUUGCACCUUCCUUGCAAUGCUUUCCACUCUGCCACUUGCUCAGCUUUUCUUCUUCCAUGUUCUCCUGAUUAAAAAGGGAAUAAGCACAUAUGACUACAUAGUAGCUUUAAGGGAACAGGAGCAGCAAGGCAAUAGUGUUCAACAAAGCCCUCAAAUGUCUCCAGUGAGUUCUGUCACUGGAUUAAGCAGCGGUAGUUCGUUUAAUGCUUUUCGUCGCGCAGCUUGGUGUACUCCUCCACGGCUAUUUCUUGAGGAUCAGUUUGAUGUUGUUCCUCAAGAAACAACAAUGGCCACCCAUUUUACUGGAAAGAAAAUAAUCUCAGAGGAAUCCAGGAGAAAAAACGCCAAUGCAGUAAAGAUCAAUCCAUGGACUCUCGCGCGGCUCAAUGCGGAAGAGGUUUCAAAAGUGGCGGCGGAAGCUCGGAAAAGAUCGAGAAUCUUAAAGCCAAUAGUUAGACACGACCUGCCGUCAACAGGGCCGGAAACCGACAGCAGCUUUGGAAGCGACAGCGGUAGGUUCGUCCCCAGGAUCGAAAACUGGAGGUCGAAUGCCGACCGUCCCGUUGCAGAAUUAACUUCCAAAACCAGCAGGGGAAACUGGACGUACGAGAAAUCUGGCAAGUUGGCGCCGCUUCAGCUUGAAGCGAGGAGCGCCUUCACAACGAGCAAAAGCUUGUCGGCUUCGGGGAUCGCUGCAUUCUCGCCCGAUAGCAGUUUAGGCUCGCCCGACAUCCACCUGGUUCACGUCUCGUCUUCGGCGGCUGAAGACAGUGGGGGACCCAAGCUGCUUCCAUCUUCAGGCACGUCUGUAUAUGGUGGAAUUCAGCUCUCGAGAUCUACCAGUGAUGGUUACGACGCCUCCGGGGGAGAAGAUAGUGAUCAGCUUCCUUCAGGAAUCAUACCAAGAGCUGUCAACUGGAGCAACUUGCUCGUCAACGCAGAGCGAGCGAGCAUGGCAAAUGAACACAAGGUUUCAUCUUCAUUGGAAGGGAUGCGAGUUAGGCGUUAACAACUUGAAUGAUGGUCUUGUUCAGAGUAAAGGGCUAAAAUAGUUUACCCACUAUUUAUGUGGUGUUAUUUUAAUCCUAGAAUUUAUAAAAAUGUCAAAUUAAUACCCAAACUCUUUUAAUAUUGGGCUAAAAUGGAUUAUGUAAGUUUUCUUUAAAAUAAUUUGGGGAUUAAAUUGACAUCUAGAUAGACUCUGGGAGGAAAAUAGCUCCCUGUAAAAAGUCAGAGGUUCAUUUUGACAUUUCUCCUAUUGUUUCAAGUUGUUUUUAAUCUUUUUCAUUAUUGUCUCAGGUGAAUUUAUCUUGUUUUUGAAAAUUGGUAGGAUGUAAUUCAUUAAUGAUGUGGGCAUCAGAACU